UGCAAAUGUGUGCGUUGUGAGCUCACUGGUUGACGGCUACUAUCAGCUGCAGUGGUGCAGUGUAUCAAGUGAUCUUCGGAUGAGGAAAAGUCUUUCAGUACCAGUUCGGUGGUUGAGUGGGUUGGAGUUUUCGCUUUGCGAAGAGCAACUGGAACUAACAAUCGAACCAAUAUCGAACGCAAACAAACAACCGCGAUCGUUACGACAUAUUCGCGAAUGGUGCGGUAUUGAGCAAUGGAACGGAAGUGAUCGUUCGAUGAUAUCUGACCAACUGAAAAGGAACAUAAGUGAUCGCCAAGGACGGUGCAGUUUUGGUUACCGUGCCAUUGCAAACAGCUCCAAAUCCGUUUCACCUACAAUUGCAUCCGCCAGUCAUCGCGAAACCAUCACCAGAAGCAGCUGGCAUCCCUCGAACUCUUUCUACACCAUUUCACUAAAAACCGCUAUAAUGACGGCAAUAAGUUCUUCAUCACUCCUCGCGGUGACAAUAACAUUAAUCGUACUGACAAUUUGCGGUGAAAUGCAAACGGCUACAGGAGCAACCGUGCAGCAAUAUGAAGAACCAACUUCUAACGAACUGGCGGCUCCUAGAACUUUCGGUCGAAUACGAAUGAUGAAAAACUUUUUGAUACCAUUAAUGUUUGUAAUGGGAGCCAUUAAGAUGCUACUACUGUUUUUGACUGCAAUUAGCGUGAAAACCUUCUUCGUUGCUGUGGUCAUCCUGGUGAUUAACAUUAGUGUGGGCCUCGCUACGGUGAUCAACUUCUUCAAAAACAGCAAACACGGACACCACCAUGAAACCUGGAGUGGUCCGGAGAAAAAUGUUAAUAUUCACAUUCACAGUGACCCGACGCAUCAACUUUCUCUGGAUGGACCUCACAGCAGUAUUUCGCCAUCCUCUUUUCCUUAUGCCAGGAAUGAUGCGGGCGAUUCGAUCUACAGUGUUUCCUCCCAUAGUCUAUAUCCAAAGACGUACACCCAAGGAACAGCCAAAACUCUAAUCCAUCCGUAUUCCAACUGGCAGCAUUAUGCUCGAACCCGAUAAAACAUGUGUUCGGCAAGCGACAUAAUCUCUAAGAAAUGCCAAAAAAAAUUCACCAACAUAUUAAAGGCCACCAACAGUGAAUGAUCGUGAUGGAUGCCUGCUAAGUGAUGCUAAAGAUUCAUCGAAUGUUAUUUAAAAUGUUUGUUUGCCUCUUAUAAGUAGGAGAGCCUCUCUAAUGUAAAUGGUCUAAGAUAUAAUAUAGUGCCUAAGUGUUACUCUAUGUUUCUGUCUACAAAAUUGAUCUAAUUAACCACUGUUAAUCAGUCAGUAGGUUUCAGAAAAGUAAUGUAUGCUAAAAGAAAUGCGUUAUAAGCAUUAAAAUUCAACACGAUGAAAGUAAAAGUGAACACUAUUUAAUUUCACCAGUAAUUGCGGGGAUACACCUUCCGUCGCGGCGCGUCGAAUAGGGUUUUAAGA